CAGCUGCACAACGCCCGUUUCCUGCUUAGCGUCAAGUUGUAUAAAUGUAGUUUAUCCCCUCUGCCUUCCUCUACUACCCCAGGUCUGCGACUUCCAGGUUCGACAUCCAGUCAUUCACUCUCUACACAGUCAAUCUUUGACACCACGUUCUCUACCGCCCUUCGGCACAAACACGCUCACUUCGCAUCUGUAACCAAAAAACAAUUCGACCGUCGAACCUUACCUGUCAACUCAAGUCCAGCUCCUAUCCUUUACUAAAUCAACCAACACGAAAUCAAUCAACAUGCGCUACUCGAUCGCCUUCUCCGCCGCCGUCCUGGCUGGCUCUGCGCUCGCCGCUCCCUCCUACGGUGGCUACGGCAGCCAGCACAAGCACGUCAAGAACGUCCAUGUUGUCGUUGAGACUGUCGUCAAGACUGUCUACGUCACCGAGGGCUACGAGGUCCCCAAGCCUACCAGCUCCAUCAGCGCUGCGUACGAGGCCCCGGCCAAGAACACCAUGCCCGCCUACGCUCCCGUCAAGCCCACCAGCACUGCCGUCUACGCUCCUCCCCCUCCCCCUGCGCCCACCAGCGAGGCGCCCAAGCCCACCACCACCAUGGUCUACCAGCCCGCUCCUCAGAAGCCCACCACCUACGACGCUCCUCCUCCCCCUGCUCCUACCAGCGAGGCUCCCAAGCCAACCACCACCCCCGCUGCUCCCGCUCCUUCCAGCGGUGGCUACAUGGGCAUUGUCGAGGAGGCGCGUGCCAAGCUCGGCAUGAAGUCUCUUGAGUGCGACACCAAGCUCGAGGCCAACGCCAUGAACGUCGUUGUUGAGGGCAACGGUGUCAUGAAGCACAAGCUCAACCCCGGCACUUACGGCCAGGUUCUUGCCCCCGGCAAGCCCGACAUGGAGUCUUUCGACCACGUCUUCUACGGUGGCUGGCUCUGCGAGAUCCCCACCCUGCCCGGUCUCGAGGAUGUCUGCGGCAGCGCGUCCAAGGGCUGGAACUACGAGGGUCAGACUGGCCACGCUGAGAUCCUCACUUCUGACCAGUACACCAAGAUUGGUUGUGCUAACCACGAGGGUAUCUGGUGCUGCGACCUUGCAUAAGCAAGUCACAACACGCGUUAUGAGGGUGUAUGGGGGUUACAAUUCUUCUACUGUAGAUGACAGGGCGGCUUGGAGAUCAAACUCGCGACGCGUGCUUUCGCGCUGGUUGGAAACAUAUUCUUUUCUUCUGUAUCUUACGGUACCAAACCUCUUUAUUUUCC